AUGAUUGCUGCUACUUCAACUCACAUGGCAAUUGCUAAUAGAAUCACCGAUGCAAAUAAAUGUCCCUUGAAAGUCUCUUUGGUAGGAGUUCCUCAGAAAAUGCUGAUUGAAAUUAAAGACACAGGAGAAUCUGUUAUCAAAACACUUAUAUCAGACUAUAUUAAAGUUGAUCCCGAAAACAAUCUUCCUUCAUUGAAACGCAAACGAUCUGAUGAAAAUGUUAAACCAGAAGACACUAAUCCUACUACCGAUGAUGAUAUUGAAGAUUGUCAAUCAAAUUCAGAUAAUUCCAUUCAUACAGAUCAAAAAUCUGAAACUAAUGAUGCAACUAAAGAUUGUAACAAAAAAAUAAUAUUUGUCCAACUCGAAUUACACGCAGUUAUAAAAAAGCAACU